UGUGGCUCCUGACAGUCGCUUGAUAAGCUCAACGGGGAAGCCAGAUUGCACCUUCUCUCCCGCAACGAGCACUGGAUAUUGGUCCCGCGGUCCCCGCUCGCUCCACGCGUGUCUCUUUAGUUUUGUUUCGUCUUCCGUGCGGGGAACACACUUGACGGAGGACACGUUGAAGAGCUCCGGGACUGAGGACGGCCUGACACACAGACAGACAGACAGACAGACAGACAGACAGACAGACAGGUUCUCUCAGCUUAUCAGUCACCGUGGCUCCAUAAGGCAGUUUUUCUCCUCGCCGCUACAGAGGAUGCUGAGUGAAAAGCCCCGAGCUCGGCUCCCCGUCGCCCGACGAAGAACGCUGGCGUGAACGCCAAGAUUAAAGCUGCCACUUCAUCUCAAGUAAAACCGCGCGCGCCGCAGCCGGCACCAGAAGGGACCGCUCCGUAGUUACGCGAAUCAGACGGAGUGUGCCUAAUGGAUAUUUGAAUCCCUGUCGCUUUGCUCUAAACGGCCAUGGCGGACUGGACCUUUAACCAGUUCAAACUACUUGGGCGCAAACAGUGAGAGAUUUGGCCGAUGGCCUGGACGGUGCGAGGUAAUGGUACAGCAUGUGCUCCAGGAAAUAAGAGUUGGGCCGGCCCGAUUCCAUGCAGACGCAGCGUCUAAUGAUCCCUACCAUGCAUCAGUUCACCCCCGUGUAUUCAUGUAGACAGUCGGUCAUAUAUCAGUCCACUCCACACCCAGCGCUCUCCUAAAGUCAGUCCAGCCCCGUAGUCCCCGUCCGCCGACUCACAACCCGCGAUCCCACCAUGGUUCUACCAAAGGCCCACCUCGUCUGGGCCGGGCUGCUCCUCUGCUGCCUCGCCAGAAUCGGCACGUGUCUGGAGUUCACCGGCGCCGAGGGCCAGUGGGCCCGCUUCCCGGUGUGGAACGCCUGCUGCGAGAGCGAGAUGAGCUUCAACAUGAAGACCAAGAGCUCCCACGGGCUGCUGGUGUACUUCGACGACGAGGGCUUCUGCGACUUCCUGGAGCUCCUCAUCACCAACGGCACCCUCAGCCUGCGCUUCUCCAUCUUCUGCGCCGAGCCGGCGACCGUGGUGUCCGACGCGGCGGUCGACGACGGCCAGUGGCACGCCGUCGCCAUCAAGAGAAACUUUAAGAACACGACGCUGAUGGUGGACAACGAGGUCAAGUGGGUGGAGGUGCGGUCCAAACGGCGGGACAUGACUGUCUUCAGCAGCCUGUUUGUUGGUGGAAUACCGCCGGAGUUCCGGUCGAUGGCGGCGCGGCUGACGUCGGCCGCCGUCAUGGAGCAGCCGCCUUUCGCUGGAUGGAUAACGGACAUAAAGGUCAACAACACGGAGUCUUUGAUGAUGAACGGCGACGGGGUGUUGAGCGACCUCUGUGGCGCCGCCCACGCGUGCCUGAACGGAGGCGUCUGCAGCGUGAUUAACGACGAGCCCACGUGCGACUGCUCCCAGACCGGCUUCCAAGGAAAGGACUGCAGUGAAGACGACGCUCACGCUGAAGGUCUGGCACACCUGAUGAUGGGCGACCAAGGGCAGAAAAGGGAAGCUUGGCUUGUAAGAUCCCUACUGAGCAUUCAAGGAAAAGAAGAGUAUGUCGCAACCUUCAAAGGAUCUGAGUUCUUCUGCUACGACUUGUCCUUGAACCCAAUUCAAAGCAGCAGUGAUGAAAUCACAUUGUCAUUCAAAACCCUUCAGAGGAAUGGACUGAUGCUGCACACGGGCAAAUCAGCUGAUUACGUCAACCUGGCGCUGAAAAACGGGGCUGUCUCACUCGUCAUUAAUUUGGGGUCUGGAGCCUUUGAAGCUCUUGUGGAGCCAGUCAAUGGGAAAUUUAAUGACAAUGAUUGGCAUGAUGUCAAAGUAACAAGGAAUCUACGUCAGCACUCAGGCAUUGGACACGCUAUGGUAACAAUAUCAGUGGAUGGGAUUCUGACCACCACAGGAUAUACACAAGAAGACUACACCAUGCUAGGUUCUGAUGACUUUUUCUAUGUUGGAGGGAGUCCUAGCACAGCUGACCUGCCUGGCUCUCCAGUUAGUAACAACUUCAUGGGCUGCCUUAAGGAGGUUGUGUACAAAAACAACGAUGUAAGACUUGAGCUGUCCAGGUUGGCAAGAGAAGGCGAUCCCAAGAUGAAAAUCCAUGGCACCGUGGCCUUUAAGUGCGAGAAUGUGGCCACACUGGACCCCAUCACAUUUGAAACGCCAGAGUCUUUUAUCAUCCUCAACAAGUGGAAUGCUAAGAAGACCGGCUCCAUCUCCUUUGACUUCCGCACCACAGAGCCCAACGGCCUUCUCCUCUUCAGCCACGGCAAGCCCAAGCAGCUGCCGAAGGAUUCCAAAAGCCCGCAGACUUUUAAGGUGGAUUUCUUUGCCAUCGAGAUGCUGGAUGGACACCUCUACCUGCUGCUGGAUAUGGGCUCGGGAACGACAAAGACAAAGGCAGUUAAUAAGAAGGUCAAUGACGGGGAUUGGUACCAUGUGGACUUCCAACGAGACGGCAGAUCAGGUACCAUUUCUAUCAACACGUUCCGCACUGCCUACACAGCCCCUGGCGAAAGUGAGAUUCUGGACUUGGAUGACAAUCUGUACCUCGGGGGUCUGCCAGAGAACAAAAUGGGUCUGGUGUUCCCCGCUGAGGUGUGGACAGCACUGCUCAACUACGGCUAUGUCGGCUGCAUCCGGGACCUCUUCAUUGACGGGCAGAGCAAGGAUGUCCGGCGCCUCGCAGAGGUCCAGAAGGCUGCUGGGGUCAAGCCAUCUUGCUCGAAGGAACCUCCAAAGCAGUGUUUGAGCAACCCCUGCCAAAACAGUGGCAUCUGUAGAGAGGGCUGGAACCGCUACGUGUGCGACUGCUCCGGGACUGGAUACCUGGGACGCUCCUGUGAACGUGAGGCGACCAUCCUCAGCUACGAUGGCAGCAAGUUUAUGAAGGUCCAGCUGCCGGUGGUGAUGCACACGGAGGCCGAGGACGUGUCCCUGCGCUUCCGCUCGCAGCGAGCCUAUGGCAUCCUAAUAGCCACCACAUCCCGGGACUCUGCUGACUCCCUGCGUCUGGAGCUGGAGAGCGGGCGCGUCCGCCUGACUGUCAACUUAGAUUGUAUCAAGAUUAACUGUUCAUCCAGCAAAGGCCCAGAGACUAUUUUUGCGGGUCAGAAUCUGAACGAUAAUGAGUGGCACACAGUACGUGUAUACAGGAGGGGCAAGAGUUUGAAACUGACUGUGGACGAUCUGACGCCUGUGGAAGGUCAAAUGGCAGGUGACCACACCCAGCUGGAGUUCAAUAACAUCGAGACAGGCAUCGUGACGGAGAAGCGCUUCCUGUCCAUGGUGCCGUCCAACUUCAUUGGCCACCUCCAGAGCCUCUCCUUCAACGGCCUGCCCUACAUCGACCUCUGUAAAAACGGCGACAUCGACUACUGCGAGCUCAACGCCAUGAUUGGCUUCAAGAACAUCAUCGCCGACCCAAUCACCUUCAAGUCGCGCACUAGCUACGUGACGCUCACCACUCUGCAGGCCUACUACUUCAUGCACCUUUUCUUUCAGUUCAAGACCACCUCCCCCGACGGCCUCAUCCUCUUUAACAGCGGGGAUGGAAAUGACUUCAUUGUGGUGGAACUGGUCAAAGGCUACCUGCACUAUGUGUCUGACCUGGGGAAUGGAGCCCAUUUGAUCAAAGGCAACUCCAACAGACCCCUGAACGACAACCAUUGGCACAGUGUCAUAAUCUCCCGGGACACCAACAACCUCCACACUGUCAAGAUUGAUACCAAAAUCACCACGCAGACAACCACCGGAGCCAAGAACCUGGACCUUAAGGGUAACCUUUACAUUGGCGGGGUGACGAAGGAGAUGUUCAAGGAGCUGCCCAAACUUGUGCACGCCAGGGAGGGGUUUCAAGGUUGUCUGGCAUCAGUGGACCUGAAUGGGCGGCUCCCAGACUUGAUGUCAGAGGCUCUGGACUGUGUGGGUCAGAUAGAGAGAGGGUGUGAAGGCCCCAGCACUACUUGCCAGGAGGACUCUUGUGCCAACCAGGGUGUGUGUCUCCAGCAGUGGGAGGGCUUUAGCUGUGACUGCAGCAUGACGACGUUCGGGGGACCACUCUGUAAUGACGCGGGAACUACGUACAUAUUUGGGCGCGACGGUGGACUGAUCACAUACACGUGGCCGCCCAACGACCGUCCAAGCACGCGGGCGGACCGGCUGGCCAUCGGCUUCAGCACACACCUAAAGGAUGCUGUCUUGGUGAGGGUGGACAGCACCAUUGGUCUUGGAGACUUCUUGAAGCUCCACAUCGAAAAGGGAAAUGUUGCUGUGGUGUUUAAUGUGGGCACAGACGACAUUAACAUUGAGGAGACCUCAAAAUUUGUAAAUGACGGGAAGUACCAUAUAGUGAAGUUUACGAGGAGUGGGGGUAAUGCCACUCUGCAGGUGGAUGACCUGCCAGUCAUUGAGCGCUACCCCACAGGCAACAAUGAUAACGAACGCCUGGCGAUUGCUAGACAGCGAAUCCCAUACCGACUUGGUCGAGUAGUUGACGAAUGGCUACUCGACAAAGGGCGACAGCUUACAAUCUUCAACAGCCAGACCACCAUACAGAUUGGGGGCUGGGAGCGGGACCGGAGCCGAUCCUUUCAGGGGCAGCUUUCGGGCCUCUACUAUAAUGGCUUGAAGGUGUUCAACAUGGCUGCCGAGGGCGACCCCAACAUAAGAAUCCAGGGCAGCGUGCGGCUUGUGGGGGAGUCGCCCUCCUCCAUCACGCCGCAGUCCAGCACCACCGCCAACCGCUCCGAGACGUCCACCUCUAUCCUGGAAAUUACCACCACCACGGCGUCCAGCAGGCGAGUCAAGCAGACGACGCCGCGCGAGCCUCAGCAGACGACCGACGACUUCCAGGUGGCGUCGGCCGAGUGCCCGAGCGACGACGAGGACAUCGAUUCCUGUGAGCCGAGCUCAGGUGGGUUAGCCAAUCCCACCGGAGCCGGGCCCAAGGGCUACCCGGGCCCGUCGGAGGUGUUCCGGGAGUCCAGCAGCACGACGGGGAUGGUGGUCGGCAUCGUGGCGGCGGCGGCGCUGUGCAUCCUCAUCCUGCUCUACGCCAUGUACAAGUACCGCAACCGGGACGAGGGCUCGUAUCACGUGGACGAGAGCCGCAACUACAUCAGCAACACGGCGCAGUCCAACGGCACCGUGGUCAAAGAGAAGCCCGUGAACACGGCGAAGACCUCCGGCAAGAACAAGAAGAACAAGGACAAGGAGUACUACGUGUGAUUGUCAAAGCUCGGUCUGACCCAGACCUGCGUGAACAUUUACCAGAAAGACAAAUCAGGACCUCAACAUGUACAGUAUAAAUACAAAAACGAACAUUAGUCAUUUUUUCCUAUAAGACAAUGAAUAUGAAAAUGAAAAAAAUAACUUUCUUAAGCACUGGAGACAUAUGGAAAUAUACAGUCCAGGGAGGAACUGAUGGGAAAAUGGCAACCUGAUAAAAAAAUGAACCCAAUACAUAUCUAACAUGUCAACCAAACAACAUUAACCUUUCUGUGACGUGUUUCCUCGGCUGACGCUGUGAUCCGACGUUUCUGGUAAACAGAAGAGCACAGGUGCACUUUGCAAAGGGGAGAUUCGGCAACAGACCUGAUGUUUUUCAUUUACAUUGCCUGUGUUUGUGUUGUCGAGACUUCUUUUUUUUUCUAGAGAAAAAUGACACAGCGAAAUAAAUAAUUACAAAUACGCCAAACGUUUAAUGGAAAGUGAGGAGAGCAGGCGAUGGUGAGGACCCAAUCAGAGAAAAACUGUGGACUCGGCCAAAGUACGUGCUGGUGGUGGACACAGACUAACACCUGGCCUCGAUGCAAAGACCAGACUGAAAUCAGAGGAGAAGUGCGUCGGAUGUGCCGGUCCAGACGUGGAGGCCUUCACGCUCACACAGCGUGGGCUGAAGGGGAGGGGGCGCCCCCACCGAGCUGGGGAGCGACUGGGAGCCAUGCACGAAACUAUCUUAAUACAGUACAUAUGUUUAUAUACAGUACAACCACAUCUAUAUGUGCUUUCUGGACUGUGACAAAGUGGUGUUUUAUAGCCUGUUGUAUAGAUGAUGCAAACUAUAACUGCUCCUCAGCCAUUUUGGAAUAAAACUCGGAAAAAAAAAGGACAAAAAGAAAACAUAAGUGUUAAUAAGUGUUGCUAGACAUAGAAGAUUUUAUGAAGAAACCUGCUUUCUUUUCAGUUGGAUAAUAAUUUGACUCCCUCCCUGUUUUUACAUGUGUUCAUAUAUAGUUUUUAUACAAGCGUCAACCUAACAUUGCUGAUCGGUGGCGAGUAGCAGCUCUCUGCAGGAUACUGGUAGAAUCACUGCCUUCCUCCUCCACCCUGACGUGCACGAGAGCGCGGUCGAGUCCAGCGACAGAGUGACGGUUGAGACUGAUGGACUCGGUCGUCCAGUGCGUUUGGGCCGAUGCAACAUCUGGGGGGAAAUAGCUGGAAUAAGUCUCCAUUACAACUGUUGUGUGUUUGUUCUGUCAUUCUGUCGGUCAGUUCUGCUUUCCAGAGACCUGUACUUGGAAUGAGUAUGAGGAAAAUGAACUAUAAAUGAUGAUUAUAAAUUC